CUUUCACUACGUAGCGCAGUAAAAGAGGCAGGGGACCAAACAACGGUUUAUGAUGCUGGGUUUUCCCCUGGGUUUUACGUUUAGAGAUUGAAGGCUAGAAUGUCGAUUUGAAUCUUGUAUAUAAUCUAACAUCUUAGUGUCAGCAGUCACAGCGCUAACCACCCCAAGGCUGAGAGAGACUAUGUCGAGAGUAGCUCAUACUCCGGCGGUCAGUUACAGAUCAGUUACGACAAUCUCAUACUUCUUAUAUAUCCACUAAAUAAAGUUGUAACUGUCAGUGCCUUUGUUGGGAUUCUGCCCCACAUUUUGGAGCUGCUAGUAUUACACAUAAUUCAGCUAUUACCAAUUGAAAGUGAAGUACAUUGGUUAUUAUACUAUCAUAAAACUGUGUGUGUCGACAUUCAACACUUUUUGGUUUUGAUUAUACUCGUAUUUAAAAAAAGUAGUCGAAAAUAGUCGAAUCACAAUUUUUUAAUCAGGGAACAGUCACAUUAUAUAUUGCAAAUGGCAACUUCUGCACAUUCAGUUUAUGAAAGCUCUGAUUUUGUGAAGGACUUUUCCUGUUUUGUUUGCGCAAGUAAAAAUAUCGAAACAAGUGCUGAUAUUUUUUGUGAAACAUGUUUGAAGUGUUUUUGUCAAAAUUGCCUUUAUCACCAUGAUCAAAUGUUUGUAAACCACUCAACACAUGGCAGAGUAGAACAAAAUAAAUGGCCUUUAAUAAAGACAAUGGAGGAUUCGCUAUUAAAAUGUGAUGUUCACAACAACAAAAAACUGAAAAUGUUCUGCCAGGACCACAGUCAGCUGUGCUGCUCUGAUUGUGUUUUACUGAAUCACAGACAAUGUACCAACUUGGCUCUAAUUUCUGAAUCAGUCAACAAGCUGUCAGUGGAUAUGAAGCAGUUGUCAAACAAAAUUCAAGCAACUCUUGCUGAAUUAAAUAUGUACAAGAGAACACAAGAGAUCAGCAUUAAUUUCGUGGAGGAAUCGUGUAACGAAAAACUGCAAGAAAUCAGAGAGCUGGGUAAGAAAUUAAAUGCCGAUUUGGACCGACUGGAAAAUUCCACUUUGCAAGAACUAGAUGAAAUCAAGACCGCUUUGCAAACCACUCUCAAGAAAGAUAUUGCCAACUGCAGACGACUGAAGGAUGAACUGCAACACCUCAGAGAAGCUGUAGAGGACCUUUGUGAUAAGAGCAGAAAAAACAUUGAGUUCAUAGCCAGCAGGAAAUGCUUUGACAAGAUACACGAGUUUGAGUCAUAUCUGAAGGAGAACCCAGUAAAGGUUCAGAGUCAAAUGAUAUUCCAGACAAACAUUGACCUUGUGCAGUACCUGACUAAACAGUCUUGUCUAGGAAGGAUUCUCACAAUCAAGUUGAAUCCAGACCAGGUGUUGACUGUGAAGAGAAAGUCUGAGUAUAAUGUGAAAAUAUCAAGUGACACAAGUCAGACUUGCUAUGUAAUCGGCAUUUGCAGCAUUCCUUGUGGUCAAGUCAUUGUUGCAGAUCUCAAAAAUGAGAAAGUGAAACUGUUGGAUCAGCAUUACAAUGUUUCAAGUCACUGUGAUAUUGCUGGCAAACCAACGGACAUUUGCCAAAUCACAUCAAGUGAGGUGGCUGUGUCUCAAAAUAUUGGUGUUGUGCAGUUUAUAUCUGUGAGCAAUGGGCAGCUGGUGAAACGGCGGGAGUUAGAGUUGCCACAUGGCGCUGCAGGUAUUGCCCACCACCAGGGAGCAUUGUAUGUCACCUCUGGCAAUGCUCUCUACGCACUACGCACUUACAGGGACACGCAUAAAAAAGCUUUAUGAGAAUACAGAAUAUGAAUUUACAGUGGUCAAAUGUGCAGUGAGUCUUGCUGGUGACCGCAUAUAUGUCACCGGCGCCAAGAACAAGCUCCUUACACU